AUGGCAAGCAAAUUCUUCAGCCUCUUAUCUCUCCUGGCCGUGGCCGGCUCCAGCUUGGCUGGCGUUGCCACCUACGCCUACAACCCCUACGCCGCUUACCAUCACUUGCCCGCCGCCGUCAGCACCUAUGCCAGCCCCGCCCACCAGGUCGUGUAUCAUCACGCCGCUCCUGCUGUCUACCAUCACGCGCCAGUCGUCACCAAGUCAUAUGUAGCGCCCGCUCCGGUAGUGGCUGCAGCACCAGUUGUUAAGACCUUUGCUGCCGCCGCUCCUGCCGUGCACGUGGCCGCUGCUGCACCCGUUAUCGCCAAAACUGUCGUUGCUGCCGCACCCGCACCUGCAGCUGUUGUAAAGCAAGUUGAAAUCGAAUCCGCGCCACGUUACGAUUUCUCUUAUGGCGUGCACGAUUCUCUGACCGGUGACAUCAAGAGCCAAGUAGAGACCCGCACGGGUGGCAAUGUUGCUGGCUCCUACAGUGUUGUCGAUGCUGAUGGCUACAAGCGUACUGUUACCUACACCGCCGACGAUUUGAAUGGUUUCAAUGCCGUUGUUCAACGUGAACCAAUUGUCGCCAAAGUUGCUGCUGUUGCUGCGCCAGUGGUGCAACAAGUUUUGCCUGCCCAACCCGUCGUGCCAGUACAACAACAAUACUUGCAAUACCUGCCACAACAACAAGUUGCUGCCGUACAACCGGUGGAACAACAACAGCCAGCUGCCGAACCUCUGCCCGUCGAGUACCCCGAACAGCAGCCAGAACUCGAGCAACAGCAACCCGAGCAGCCACAAUACCCACAGGAGCAAAACUUCCCACCCUUCCCCCCAUCCGAAGGUGAUGACUCCGAUGUCGUGGACGUACGCUCUGCUGACAAUAGCAAUAACGCUGAGCCAUCCACCACUGCAGCGCCUGCCCCAGCAGCGGAAGCGGCGAAUGAAGCUUAA